GGACCAGCGGAUUGUUGUACAUAGAGCCGGUUUAGUGUCGUCAAUGGGAAGCACACGAGACGGUGGCAACGCGAGUUACGGUCUAGAUUGAAAUCCACGGCUGCACCAUGCUCUCCAGGUCUAUCCCGUGUCUCUGGAUUACAUUUUGCCUUCAUUUAUGCUGUUAUGUAGACAGCGGGAACGCUCAGAAUGCGAAGGAAGUGAUUCUGCUUGACUCCAAGGCACAGCAGACAGAACUGGAGUGGAUCUCCUAUCCUCCCAAUGGGUGGGAAGAGAUCAGCGGCUUAGAUGAGAACUACACACCCAUUCGCACAUACCAGGUUUGCCAAGUCAUGGAGCCCAAUCAGAACAACUGGCUUCGGACUAACUGGAUAGAGAAGGGCAAUGCCCAGAGAAUUUUUGUGGAACUGAAGUUUACCUUGAGGGAUUGUAACAGCCUACCCGGUGUGGUGGGCACUUGCAAGGAGACGUUCAACUUGUAUUACCAGGAAACGGAUUCGGAGGUGGGCAGGAGCUUACGGGAGAACCAGUAUGUGAAAAUUGACACGAUCGCCGCAGAUGAAAGCUUCACCCAGGGCGACCUGGGCGAGAGGAAGAUGAAGCUGAAUACAGAAGUGCGCAUAAUUGGCCCCCUGUCCAGGCGGGGCUUCUACCUGGCCUUCCAGGAUGUAGGAGCGUGUAUCGCCCUGGUCUCUGUCAAAGUUUAUUACAAGAAGUGUUGGUCUAUCAUCGAGAACCUGGCCACGUUCCCAGACACCGUGACAGGAUCAGAGUUCUCCUCGCUGGUGGAGGUCGAGGGCAUGUGCGUGAGCGACGCCGAGGAGGAGGCCGACAACUCUCCCAAGAUGCACUGCAGCGCUGAGGGGGAAUGGCUGGUGCCCAUUGGGAAAUGUAUAUGCAAAGCUGGAUUUCAUCAGAAAGGAGAUGCAUGUGAACCGUGCGGUCGUGGUUUCUACAAGUCUUCCUCCCAGGACCUUCAGUGCUCUCGUUGUCCGGCGCACAGCUUCAACGACCGUGAGGGCUCCUGGCGCUGCGACUGCGAGGACGGCUACUACCGAGCACUCUCUGACCCUCCGUCUGUGGCCUGCACAAGACCUCCCUCAGCACCACAGAACCUGGUCUACAACAUCAACCAGACCACCGUUACCCUGGAGUGGAGCCCGCCGGCUGACACAGGCGGCCGCAACGACGUCACCUACAGGGUUAUAUGCCAGCGUUGCAGCUGGGAACCCGAGGAGUGUGUUCCAUGUGGGCCCAAUGUAGGAUACUCUCCUGCCCAGUCAGGAUUAGUGGACACUUAUGUGACCAUCAUGGAUCUGCUCGCCCACGCCAACUACACUUUUGAGGUGGAGGCUGUCAACGGGGUGUCAGACCUGAGCCGCACACAGAGGCUGUUUGCGGCGGUUAGCAUCGCUACUGGUCAAGCAGCUCCGUCCCAGGUCAGCGAGGUCAUCAAGGAGAAAGUGCAGCAGCGCAGCAUCCAGCUCUCCUGGCAGGAGCCCCACCAACCCAACGGCGUCAUCACAGAAUAUGAAAUCAAAUACUACGAGAAAGAUCAAAAGGACCGGAUCUACUCCACAGUGAGGUCCAAGUCCACAUCAGCCACAGUGAACAACCUGAGGCCCAGCACGGCCUACGUGUUUCAGAUCAGGGCCUUCACAGAGGCAGGAUACGGCACCUAUGGCCCCAGACUAGAGAUAACUACCAAGGAAGAGGCCACAGCUGCGAUUGUCUCCAGCGAGCAGAACCCCGUCAUCAUCAUUGCGGUUGUGGCCGUGGCGGGGACCAUCAUCCUGGUGUUCAUGGUGUUCGGCUUCAUCAUCGGGAGAAGGUACGCUCUCGCGGGCCCCAUUGACUCUCCGCUCCUGCACUGCGGGUACAGCAAAGCCGACCAGGAGGGAGACGAGGAGCUCUACUUCCAGUUUAAAUUUCCAGGCACCAAAACCUACAUUGACCCUGAAACCUACGAGGACCCAAACAGGGCUGUCCAUCAAUUUGCCAAGGAGCUGGACGCCUCCUGCAUUAAAAUUGAGCGGGUUAUUGGAGCAGGAGAGUUCGGGGAGGUGUGCAGCGGCCGGCUGAAGCUGCCUGGAAAGCGCGACGUGUCAGUGGCCAUCAAGACGUUAAAAGUGGGCUACACGGAGAAGCAGAGGCGGGACUUCCUGUGCGAGGCCAGUAUUAUGGGACAGUUCGACCAUCCUAAUGUCGUUCAUCUGGAGGGAGUCGUGACGAGAGGAAAACCGGUGAUGAUUGUCAUCGAGUACAUGGAGAAUGGCUCAUUAGAUGCUUUCCUCAGGAAACACGAUGGUCAGUUCACAGUCAUCCAGUUGGUGGGGAUGCUGCGGGGCAUAGCGGCGGGAAUGAGAUAUCUCUCCGAUAUGGGAUAUGUCCAUCGAGAUCUCGCUGCACGGAACAUCCUUGUCAACAGCAAUCUCGUAUGUAAAGUGUCUGACUUCGGCCUGUCAAGGGUGAUAGACGACGAUCCCGAGGCUGUCUACACAACAACUGGUGGCAAAAUACCUGUCCGAUGGACCGCACCAGAAGCCAUACAGUAUCGGAAAUUCACCUCCGCAAGUGACGUGUGGAGUUAUGGCAUUGUCAUGUGGGAGGUCAUGUCCUAUGGGGAACGGCCUUACUGGGAUAUGUCCAAUCAAGAUGUCAUAAAGGCGAUAGAGGAGGGCUACCGUCUUCCAGCCCCAAUGGACUGUCCACCGGGCCUGCAUCAGCUAAUGCUGGACUGCUGGCAGAAAGACAGAGCCGAACGUCCCAAAUUUGAUCAGAUAGUUGGCAUCCUUGAUAAGAUGAUCCGCAACCCUAACACCUUGAAAACCCCAGUGGGAACAUGUACAAGACCAAUUAGUCCACUGUUAGAUCAGAGCACACCAGACUUCACCGCUUUCCGCUCAGUGGGAGAGUGGCUGGAAGCCAUCAAGAUGGAGAGAUACAGAGACAACUUCACAGCAGCUGGCUACAGUUCCCUGGAAUCUGUGGCCAGGAUGUCAAUCGAGGAUGUGAUGAGCUUGGGGAUCACGCUGGUGGGCCAUCAGAAAAAGAUCAUGAGCAGCAUACAGACUAUGAGAGCCCAGAUGCUGCAUCUCCACGGCACAGGUGUCCAGGUGUGACGGACUGCAACGGGCCGCAUCGGAAAGGGUGAAAACAAAAACAGAGCAGUGCCUGGGACAUAACCGGGAUAAUCGUCAAAGUAAACGGACAUUUGUUAUGUCUGACUCUUCCGGCUGUGUCUGGAAUGAAAUCAUUCCUUUGUUCCUCAGUGAAGGAUUGUGGUCCGCCUCUUCAAAGGGCACUAAAGAGAUGAAAAGGGCAAAAAACAGCAACAAAAAAAGAAACUACCUGGACGAGACAACUUCCUUUUUUGUUAUUUUUUUAAAUAAUUUUUUAGAAGCGCUUACGAACUCAACCACAUAUCAAAUGGUGCAUUAGAAAGGAGUUUGACGCUUACGUUUCUUUAACUUAAUGAAUGAUUUAAGUGCACAUGGCUAUGGAUUUCCGUUAAAAAGAACAAAAAAACAACUUGUCUGCUACUUUUUUUCUAAUUUUCUUUCUGUCUGCCACAUUGACAUGUUGUGGCCCAAACAGCAGUUUUUUUUUUCUCUUCUAUUUGGACUUGACAACAGGGUAAACUCUUUUAUCCAAACGCAGAGGGAACUUUUUAGGUGCAGACUCAAAGAUACUUUUUGUGCUGACACAUGCUGGACUGUUUAAACUGUUUGCAGUGACUCGUGUUUUCCUUCAUGUGCUGUUGAAGUGAAAAUGUUUUCCUUACAUGCUUGUUUGCAGCAUACAGGAGUGGAUUUUUGACAUGGUGUCAACCUUUCAGAUUUUUUUAUUAAGGAAUUUUCCGAAGAGUGCAACACUGAGGAGAUGCAGGAGGAAAAUUGUUCUUCGAAUGACCAGACUUUUAUAUCAGAGUAGCAAUAUCCUUUGUCUUAGUGUUCACUACAGGAAAUGCAGAACAGUUUUUGGGUUAUGACUAGAAUGUUGCAGCACUGUUGAAAGAUUGUAUUGAAAUUGAAGCCACCGUCAAUUGUUUUGCUAUCAUUUUGCCUAAAAUGUUGCACAGUUUGUUUUGGUGCAUUGUUCAGCUACAAAUACAAUUUUUAAGGGUGGAUCCAAGAAAGGUGUAGACGUAAUACUGCCUUAAAAUUUGUUAGAUUAAGUAUUGCCUCUAUUUUAGGCACUUCAAUGUCAAUGCUUUCUGCAGUUCAUUUAAAGGGUGGACAAGCUCCCUAUUUUUUGUUUUUGUUGUAGUGUGAUGUCUUUUUAUCUGGAACUUGAACUGGUGAAAUCAAGUGCACGGACAUGAUUUAAUGCCACGAGUGGCACAAUCAGCAAAGAAGAGAUGGACUAAACAGAGCAAUAAUUACCAGGUAGAAAUGGUCCUCACCUGAGAUUUUUCAGGAGCUAGGUUUUCUCGCAUGUGUGUGCUAUGCUGAGACAAACUCUUUGGAAAGAUUCCGUCAUCGCCGGAAAGGAAAGGAAUGUACCUCUUUGACCUAAAAACGGUUUGGAAAGUGCUCGGAAAACUGCCGUGCCAAGUCAUCAAAUAAAAUCAUCAUGUCGUAUUUUUCCACUAUAUGUUAAACGUUUGAUGGAAAUCUAACAUGACAUGAAAAUGCUGAAUUGAGUGGCUGGAGAGAUGAAAGAGGCACCAUUCGCUUCACACUACAAAGGUGCCAAUUAGCCAUGCUGACAUCAUCUUCUGACACCAACGCACCACCCAGAAAUCAAAGAGCCCCUUCAGGGUUUGGGUCUGAAAAUGCAGGACCAAACGAUGGAGCCCAAUGCAGAUCGUGCUGUUAAAUCCCACCGUCUUGGCUCUGUAGGCAGCCAUGCAGCUCUCUUGUUUGUUCAUGCGUCUCCACCGCUCAUCCCUCACAGGUGUAGAUGUGACGAAACAUGCAUUAAAGUGUCUCUUAAGCUUGCUCCUCAUUUCUUCCAUACAGCUUUGUAUGGAAAACAGAGGGGGCUUUGCAGAAGAUGUGCUAAAAGCCAAUCAACCUAUUUGGUGCCAUCUGUCUACACCUCAAAUGCAAAAAAAGAUAAAGUUUCCAUGUUGAGUAUGUUUUAGUGCAGUACUCUUUGAUAAGGAAAUGCAGUUACUCAGCAGUCAUGUAAAGAGGAGUGGUGUUCACAGAAGAAAAAGAAAACCAUUAUAACUUAUUCUUUCACUGCUGCUGUAACCUGAGAGAUAAAUAUAUAUUUUCACAGCCACAGUUAUUUCUUUCAAUUUGUUUCAUCUCAAAUGCAUAGAAAAAGCAUAAGUACAUCAGGAAUCAACCUUGAGCUUACUGACAAGCAGUAACUUGUAGUUUUCUUCAUUCUCUCCAUUGUCAAUUAAACUGUGUCCACAUUAAGCCAGCUACAUUUGAAAACACAUCUUUUUCUCUCCAUUUUGGCCCUCUGUCCAGACUAAGCUGAUGUGGAACCUUUUGAAAAGGCUGAAAAGCAAGGGAAACAAGAAAGAUGUAAGCCUGCCUAGACACUAUUGAGUAAAGUCUGUCACUGCUAAAGUGGUAGCUAUUGUCCUAAAAUGGAUGUAGACGGCAGAAAUGCACAGCUGCAAAGACAAAUGUGUUUACAUUUGUGCAUAUAGUCCGCACAGUUAUAAAUUUUGGUUUGCAUGCAGACAGUGCAGGAACCUGUGACUUUUUGGCACGUUUGCCUAAAGAAUGACUUAAACAGUUAGUCAGUUAUAAAUUUGUUGUCAAUUUCUUCAUCAACUAAUUGUUUCAGCUCUAGAUUCCAUUGGCACAGUUGUGUAGGAAUGACUGUCUGCCUUUAUAACAGGUAAUAUUGAUGAGGUGCAAUCAAAUUACUAUUUUAUACUUGUCCCAUUGACUGACAACAGAAUUAUAAUAAUAAUGACUACUCACUGUUGAAUUUGGCUGUAUUAAAAUACUGUAUAAAUAAUCACAGAAACCAGGAGGUUUAACUACUUGAGACUCAGCCGACUAACCAUGCUGUACCACUGUUUAACCAGAUGUUGGCUGUGAUACACAGUUUUGUUGUUCAAAGACACCAAAUUUUAGCUGUUUUCCUGAUGUACAGCUGCUUAGUGAGGACUUAGCUCUUAAUGAAAAUGACCUGAAAAGCUAAUGUGGAUGCAUGUCAUUUUUAGACAUAAACUGUGUUUUCAGAAUUAUCCUGCUUAGUGUGGAUGUACGUGUAGAUCCAUUUUCACUGUUGUACUCACCUUUGUGAGGAGACACCAGGAAUCAGCCCCGGCCAGCUCUGAGCCCCUGUGUCACCCACCCUUUAUCCAUACAGCACAGCUCAGCAAUUGGGCCUUGGCCAGACCUUUGAAUUGAAUACCGGCAUAAAGUCAUUCAGUCAGCACAAAACUCUGCAGUUCACAGGCACCACUCUCUCUCACCCCCACUCCCUGCUCUGUUUUAAAACUGGGCCCCUGGAGGCCACUCAGACCCCAGGGUAGAAUGCUUCUGUCCCCUUUUUCCUGUGCUGGGGAAAUAGCAGUUUGAGCCAAAUUGAGAUUAAGGCCAGGAUACAAUCAAUUCCACAUCCAAAUCACCUGUAACCUUCACCAACAAAAGUCACUUUACUGUCUGUUUCAGCUUGUUUGAUCCACAUUUUAAAUUUCAGGUUGCUCAACUCUGGAAAAAAAGUUUUGUUGUGACUAUUUCAGCAUAAACACAAAACGAAUAUAACAUUAAAGAAGACAAAUAACAGAAACGUGCAGGAUGAAGAGGGUUGGUUGGAAUCACGAAUGGCGGAUAGAGUACGAAGUUAUUUUUGGUUCAGCAGUUGGAAGUUAGUUUCACCACUUUGGCAAGGUGGUGGAUAAUUCCAAAGAGUGCAGCACUGUUGUUUGUGUCAGAGAGAGCCGAGAUUUGAGGGAAUCUUUGUAUAUGUUCUAAAUGUAAAACUUGUAAAUUUUAUUUAUAUUGUUUUUUACACAUAUUACUCAGUAGAGAGCUCUGAAUACAUUGAAAAUGCACUAUAUUUUUCUAUCUUGCAGAUGAAUUAUUGUCACCCACAAGAUUUCAGUUGUACAUAAUUUUUCAUUUAGGACCAAAGACAGCUGAUAGGAUUUCCAUCUUUACUUUCACUUGGUUUUGAUUUUGCCUUUUAGUUUGUUGUACAGUACUACAAAUUGUCAAUUUAUUAUUUAUUUUUAUGUGAUGAAAAUAUUGAGAAUAUUCACUGGUCAAAAGUAUUUUCCCCAACAGUAGAACUGUAAGAUCAUUUAAUUAGACAAUUUCUUGUUACAUAGACAAUUCCUUUUGCUUUGUAACCUUUGUAAUAGACUGUACAUAUAUUUUUGGAAAUAUAAUACAAUCUCUAUAGAA